UGGCAUACAGCCGUCAAUCCCGAGCCACAUCGACGUUCGGGCUCACGGGUUUGCAGGAAUCGACCGGCAGCACGUCGCGAUCAUGACGCGAUGCGUCCGCGACAGGAGCACCACCGGCCUACCUCGCCGACGAAUCCGUCCCCGUUGCCGUCGAACCGUCUGCGCUCGUCGCCCCGCUGGCUGCGAUCCACCAAACCACCACUUCUGGUCAUGAUCGCCGACGACGUCGCCACAAUCUUCCGAGUCCUCGUCGUCCUGCUCGUCCUCGGUUACGCGGUUGCCGCUAACGGUCCGCAUAAUAACACAUUCGUCUUUGGAGUUAAGAGCAAUAUAAGCUGCCUCAAUUCGACCGAACAGCCGUCUGCCAUAGAGCAUUUGCCAAAGAAUAAUAGAGCGACAAAACUGUCGCACUUCACAAACUGGAGCGAAUGGUCGGUAUGCGAUCGACACUGCAUGCAAAAUCGCGUCAGGAGGUGCCGAUCAAAAAAAGAUUGCGGGACCACUGUACUUAAGGAGGAACGUGGUUGCGAGCAUAACAGAGAGGGUCGUCGAAGGCGAUGCAAACAACGCCAGCGUCGAGGACGUCGAAGAAACGAAAGAUUUCACGUGGUUCAAGUACCUAAAGAAGCAGAGCCUAGGCAUGGAAAGCGAAAAGGCAAAAAUACCAAGGAACAUCCUAGGAGGCAUUACGGAAAAUGGAGUAAAUGGUCGCCUUGCACGAGACUGUGCACUACUCAACGUCACAGAUGGUGCAGAAAGCCGGGCAUUUGCGGGCGCGAUGUGAUACGAGAGAGUGCCUAUUGCUACGUCGAAGGUAGCUUCUGCCAAAGAUGGAUCCAUCGAAAGAUUCAUGGUCGCCAUGAAGAAGAUGGCGAUGACUUCGUGUUGGAUGAGUUCGAGCUCAAUCCUAACACCGUGGAUAGCUUCGCUCCAGAGAAGAAUUCGAACGUUUGGAAAUGCGGAGUGGUGAACACUCAUAAAGGAUCCAGAUUAUCAUACUUUAUGCGAAUCAUCGGCGGUCGUCCAUCUGCACCUGGAAGCUGGCCGUGGCAAGUGGCCGUGUUAAAUAAAUAUCGGGAAGCUUUUUGCGGUGGAACAUUGAUAUCCCCAAGGUGGGUAUUAACUGCCGCGCAUUGCAUUAGAAAACGCCUCUUCGUUCGCAUUGGAGAGUACGAUUUAACGGUGAAAGAAAACACGGAAUUGGAGCUUAAGGUGGACUCGAUGAUCAUCCAUCCGGAGUACGAUGUCACUAACGUUGAUAACGACGUAGCUCUACUUCGUUUACCAAAUACUUUGACCCCGGAUCCUUCGAGAGGAAUCGCGUGUCUGCCCGCGCCAAAGCAGCCCUUACCGAAACAGUACUGCACCAUUAUCGGCUGGGGCAAGUCCAACGUGACAGAUGACUUCGGAACGGAUGUGCUGCACGAAGUUAAAGUACCAAUAGUGUCUACCGAGACCUGUCGAAAGGUCUAUGCGAGUUACGGAAUCACGGAUAACAUGUUCUGUGCGGGCUAUCCCCGUGGUAAAAUGGAUUCUUGCGCGGGUGACAGUGGGGGACCUCUGCUCUGCCGAGAUCCUCGGAAACCCGAUCAACCGUGGACAAUUUUUGGUAUCACUAGUUUCGGCGAGGGUUGCGGCAAGCGCGGUAAAUUCGGUAUAUACGCCAAACUAUCCAAUUACGUGCGUUGGAUUACGAAGGUGAUGAAGAUGAACGAUUACACUUAAGAACACACGAUGCCUAUUGUAACUGUAUUAUAACUGUAAUUAACGUUCCCGCAUAAACGAGCCUAGAAGUUGAAAAUAUGAUAGGCAAUCGGGAUACAAAUUUUAAGCUGUACAUCGAUAGGAUAAAAAAAAAUGCAAAGCUAUACAUUUGAAAGUACUAGGUAUAAAGUUAAUUAUGCUGCAAUCUGUUGGUACAUCGCACAUUUCAUUUUUUUUUUCAAAAAUGUUUAUAUCGUUUUGGAGGAAUGAAAUGUAACUGUUGCAGAAAUUACGCAGUCGAUACGUGUUUAUCGAUAGUAUAAAUACGUAUCGUAUUAUAUUUUUCUUCAUCGUGGUGACGAGUAGCUCAUUGCAAAAGUGGCUGAUUCAUAGGAUUCAGUUCAUGAAUCCCUAGUUCGAUCUUGACUUUGUCUCACAUAUAUCUUGAUUUUAUCGAAGAUUUCACGGUUUCUCGUUGUCCUCUUUGUCAGAGAGAGCAACGGAAAAUAAAUUUGAUUAUUACUUCUCAGAAUAUAAAGAGAAAAGAUAAAAAGUGAAAAAUGUUUUUAACUUAUAAAUAAAUAAAAUAAGAAAAGAGCGUAAUUGCCUUCCAAGUUAUUUGUGUGCGAGAUAAGUUAUAUAAACACAAAAUACAAUGAUAUGUGCGCAAUCUGUAAACGCUUCAAUCUUUGAUUAGUUCAUCCUCGUUCGAGGAUUAAGUUGAAACCUUUACGGAAUGCGCGCACAUUUCUGUGUGUCUUAUGUGUUUAUAUAUAUUAUCUGCUAUACAAAUAAUUUGCAACUAUCAUGCUUUUUCCUUGUUUUAUUUAUCUAAAAGAAAAGCUUGUUUCACGGCAGCCCCUUGAAGUCAUGCAGCCGUAAAACAGCUCUCUGUAAUUUAGCGGAUUUAGCUCCGACCUUGAUAUGUUGUCAACCUAUAUGAAACCUCGCUUCGUGUUGUAAAGCGUAUGCAGCGGACAUAGUGACAGACAUCAAAGUCAAAGUUAUCGGAGCUGGAUCCCCUAUAAAUAAUUACCUAGCUGUCUAGAGAAAAUAAUUGUUAAUGUCUAAUAUAUGUUUAAUACGUCACACUAAAAAAGAUCCCGCAUCUUUGAACGACGUAUCGGUGACUACGUACUAAAAUAAUACAUAGAGAAA